AUGACGAAGGAUUUCGCAGUUCCACCUGUCGUUUUCCCUUCCGGCGGAUCUUCCGUCGGUGCUAAUGUUCAACAACGACGAUUCCCGGCGACUCCGUUUCAGCCGCCGCGUCCUUCUAGUUCCGCAAUCCCUUUCAUGUCGUUCGACAUCGGAUCUGCAGCCGCGUCAUCUGCUACGCCGGCUGGACCUUUCGGCGGAACAAUCGCGUCGUCGUCGUCUUUUGGCGGUGGAGGUUCAUCUUCGUUUGAAGACGAGGAGCCUUUGCUUGACGAGCUCGGUAUCCAUCCAGAUCAAAUCUGGAAGAAGACUAGAUCGAUUCUUAAUCCCUUCCGGAUUAACCAAUCCGUUCACAAAGAUUCAGAUCUAUCUGGUCCGAUCUUUCUAUACCUAGCGCUUUGCUUAUUCCAGUUGCUCGCCGGUAAGAUCCAGUUCGGUGUUAUACUUGGAUGGAUCGUCGUCUCCUCUAUCUUCCUAUACGUCGUCUUCAACAUGCUUGCGGGUCGGAACGGGAACCUUAAUCUCCAUACGUGUACGAGCCUGGUUGGAUACAGUCUGCUUCCGGUGGUGGUCUUAUCGGCGGUUUCAUUAUUUGUGCCGCAAGGAGCAGGGCCGAUCCGGUUCGUGCUUGCGGCGGUGUUUGUGUUGUGGUCCACUAGGGCUUGCGCCACUUUGGUUGUAUCUCUCGCCGACGGUGGAGAAGAACACCGUGGCUUGAUCACGUACGCUUGUUUCUUGAUCUAUACUCUCUUCUCUCUUCUCGUUAUAUUUUGA